UUGAAAGACGCACAGGAGCGGAAGUACUACACUGUGGGAUCUGUAGUUUACAGACGUGGACUGAAGUGUUUGGCGCCACGAGAAACUAUGAUUCCCGACACCCACAACCGGAAAUAAAACAAUGCCCAGGCGCUCGUCUAGUUCUAGUUCAAUGGCGUGUUUCCUGCGGUUGUACAUAUAGAAGAAGCUGCAGAAGAGCUCGGUGUGAACCGAGUGCUGGGAGAAUGAGGAUCUAUCGGCUCUUGAGCGCAGUCUGGAGCGCGAAAUCACGGAGCUUGUCCGUCGCGCUGGUUUCCCAGGGCAGCUUCAGUGUGGUCCGGUGCUUAUCCACAUCCUGCCCCUGGAAUGGACGCAGAAAGGGCAGCCAGUACGACUCCGUGGAUACGGAGAAAUACUCCUCGCUGGUUCACUCGGUUGUGUCCUCGAAAGUUAGCUACCGGACUCCAGCCAGUCUAGAGGAAGAGGACGGACAGCUCUAUGGACCUGUGGUCAAAUCCAAGCCUGCUGCUAAGGGAACCGAGGCCAAGACUCUGAAGAACAUCGUCCCUUUGCUGAACAACGCGAAGGUGCUGGAGCAGCAGACUGUAGAGGCAGAGCUGCCCCCACCCAUGCGCAUCGCCCUGCGGAAAGCCCAGGGCAGGCCCGCCGCCCCCAGUGUGACACGCAUCCUGCAGCACAGCAUGCCCCUGGAGCAGGCUUUCUACCUGGAGAGGUGGAGGAAGAGGAUGAUCGGGGAGCUGGGAGAGGAAGGCUUCAAGGAGUACACUGCCAAUCUUUUUAGGCAAGGAAACCAGUUCCAUGCAGCACUAGAGGCCAUCCUGAUGUCGACAGAGGUGCCCGAAGAGGCGGAGGCGCCUGCGGGGGGCGUGUGUGGGUACGUGCAGAGUGUGCAGCACGUGCUGGCGGACAUCAGCGGGGUGCGCGCCAUAGAGAGUGCCGUGACCCAUCAGACUCUGCAGUACGUCGGCCUGGUGGACUGCGUCGCCCAGUACAGGGGGAAGCUGUGUGUGAUUGACUGGAAGACCUCAGAGAAGCCCAAGCCACUUCUGCACAACACAUUUGACAACCCCUUACAAGUUGCAGCCUAUAUAGGAGCCAUAAACAAUGAUGACAACUACGGUUUUCAGGUGGAAGACGGGCUGAUUGUGGUGGCCUACAAGGAUGGGUCCCCUGCCCACCCUCACUUCAUGGACUCCGCUCUGUGCCUGGAGUACUGGACCAAGUGGCUCUUCCGGCUGGAGGAGUACCUGGAGAAGCAGUAGAGGGAGCGGGAGAGAAGAGCCCAGGAGUGCACAGCUCUUUACACGGCUUCCAGGCUGCUACCCUUCCGCACACUCGUCACGUGCGGCGGUGGCACGCUAACAGUGCGUUUGUCACAUUCACCCGCUUUCCUUUCUGGUUGUUUUCAAAUCAAAAAGUGUUUUCUUUUUCAGUUCUCGGUGGUGAGCAGUCGUGGCCGAGGGUGUUGGGGCAGGUCUGAGCCAGAGCCUGGAACCAGGCUGCCUGUGCGCUUGUUGCACUGGGGUGAAUACACGCGUGCAUGUGUGGACACAGCCAUAGCCAAGGCAAGGAAAAACGGGAAAACAAAGAACCCAUCAUAGGCAGCACCCCUGGGUUUUAUUCUUCAAAUUGACCUCGGAGAGCAGGGUUAAUUACCACGCCUGUGAUUGAAGAAAACGCGUGUCUGUAAUCGCCAUCAUCUUGAUGCACUGUAUGUUUGUUCUGUUCCUUCACGGCAAAGGAUCUACUGUAUUUAGAUUUAAGUCAGACUUCUAAUAAAUAAAUAAAACUCUUAAAUUGCCCCUCUGGGGAUGAAUAAAAUAUUUUGAGUUGUGUUAAUUACUAAUUAUUCUUUUCUAUCUUCAUGGAUAAUAAUUUCAUAGGGACCUGCAGACCCUGCAGGACUGUGUUUCUGGCCUGGGAGAUCAGAGCAGAGGACAGGAGGUCCUUGAUUUAACGUACUGCUUCUCCUGGGUUCCCUUGUGAUUUCAGAGACUUCGGGAGGGUGUUGUCCGGGACCUGGAGCGGCAGGCCAGGAAAAGGGAGAACCU